CCGUCCUGCUGUGCCCCAUCUCCAGCCUCUCCCAUCCCACCCUAUCCCACCCCGUCCUACUGUAUUGCUUCCCGUCCAGAUCCAUCAUGCCCUACCCUCUUUGCCUGGUCCAUCCUCCCCUACUCCAUUUUAGCCCACCCUAUCCUACCGGGCCCAGCUCCAUCCCAACCCAUCCCAUCCCAUCCCACCCCUCCCUGUCCUGCUCCCUCCUAACCUGCCUUGCCCCAGCUCAGCCUAUCUCAGCCAUUGAGCCUUGUUUCCGCUCAAACUUAGACCUUGUUUCCUGUACUCAUGGGGCCUUAGUCCCCAGGCUGGGUCCUCUCCAUGCCCUUCCAAACUGCCAAAUCUCAGAUGCUACUGGCAGCCUCUCCAUUUGGGACAUCGCUUAAUUGACUGGGAAUCUGGACUGAACCAGAUGUGGCUCAGGACCCGCUUUGGCCAUUGCUGCAGAGGUUUCUGGGAGGCAGCGGCGGGUCCUGAGCCUGCUGGGCUGCAUAGCAGCAGGUGUGUUCCUGGGCGCUGGGCUCAUGCACAUGGCAGCUGAGGCCCUGGAGGGGAUUGAAACGGAGAUCGAGAGCUACAGGCUGCAGGAUGACUAUUCCCAGAAUGGGACGGACGUCGGUGGGAGUUCUUCCAGCACUGCCGACCCUGCUGAGGUGCACUACCCAUUCGGGGAGUUGGUCAUUUCACUGGGCUUCUUCUUGGUCUUCUUGUUGGAGUCGCUGGCCCUGCAAUGCUGCUCCAGAGGGGCUGCAGCCCCGGAGGAGAUCUGGGGGAACCCCGAAGCCCCGAGCCCCUGCAGCCACGGUCCCCUGCCCGCCCCUGCCCGAGGGCCCCUGCGGGCCCUAGUGCUGCUGCUGUCGUUGUCGCUGCACUCACUGUUCGAGGGGCUGGCAGUGGGGCUUCAGCCCACCGUGCUCACCACCCUGCAGCUGUGCCUGGCGGUGCUGGCACACAAGGGGCUGGUGGUGUUUGGGGUGGCGCUGCAGCUGGUGCGGGAGGGCACGGGCCCUCGCUGGGCCCUGCUCUGCGUGCUGCUGCUAGCCCUCAUGACCCCACUGGGCCUGGCGCUGGGGCUGGCUGUGGCCGGGGGCCCUCUCGGGAGGACUCGGAUGCUGACCCAGGCUGUGCUGGAGGGCGUGGCGGCAGGUACUUUCCUGUAUGUCACCUUCCUGGAGGUUUUGCCCCAGGCUUUGGCCUCCCCCGAGUCCGCCCUUGCCAAGUGGUGCUGCGUGGCAGGCGGCUUCGCCUUCAUGGCUAUUGUUGCCGUUUGGGCUUGAGGUGGCGCCUGCCAGUCCCAGACCACGAGCUUCCUGCCCUGGCCCAGCUCCAGAGUCAAGGAUGAGACACUGGGAGAGGGCAGGUGGGAGGGACUGUGUCUUCCCCCGGAGCAGAGGCCUCUCUCCUGCACCCCGCCGCUAGCUGGGUCUGCUACAAUAAACCCCAAUGACCAGUCCUCCCCUGGGCCUUCUGUGUUUUCUGGGAGAGCCUUCAGCCAGCCUGGCACGCCGAGGUGGUGGGGGAAGAGGGGUUGGACACAGCCGGACUAGAGCAGCGGUGGGACCUGGAGAAAAGACCACGGGCCUGGGAGUUAGGAGACCUGGCCUACGCAGACCUGCCUGUGGUCUACUGUGUCUCCUUGGGGGCCGGCCAUUUACCUUCUCCGAGGCUUGGGAAAAUAAGGAUUGAAUAAAUACCCUUUCUCUCUC